AUGCGGCUCACGGCUCGACGAGUCUCGUCCCUUGAGCCAGAUCAUUACACAACCCACUUCACCGGCCGGCAUCCCCUUGGUCUGGUCCACGAUGUGGAGUCGUGGAGUCUACCUUCUAACGAGAGACAUGAGAGAACCAGAAAAGCACCGAGACUCGGCCACGACUCCACGAUUACCGCGAGAGCACGCCGAGUAUUGAGCCCCAUCCUACGCCAGCUACGAGCAACGAAGCUAUGCGAAACAGCGACGAAAUGUGCUGCCGGCCAAAUGGCAACCGCUACCUACUGCGUACACGGCCUGGUCAUUCACGAUAUGUGGAAACUCCCAGUCCCAGAGGCCCAGAGUGAGGGAAAAGGGGGAAAAUUUGAGCGAGAGGUGGUCAAUAUCAAGACAGCAAAUGACUUACCACUGGUGGUGAAGCUCACGAUGGACGAAUCUAUCGUGAAACAUCUCGAGCCUCAAGCUACCGUGAUAAGGUCAAGCCACCUCACUUGA